AUGUCCAUGGUAUACAUUAACAUCUUCCUGGCCUUUACUUUAUCUUUCAUAGGACUAUUAAUCUACCGAUCCCACCUAAUAUCCUCCCUACUAUGCCUAGAAGGCAUAAUACUAUCCCUUUUUAUCAUAAUAACAGUUACCAUCCUAGUAAACCACUUCACAUUAGCCAGUAUAGCCCCCAUUGUCCUACUCGUAUUUGCGGCCUGCGAGGCGGCCCUAGGACUAUCCUUAUUAGUUAUGGUUUCUAAUACAUAUGGAACAGACUACGUACAAAACUUGAACCUACUGCAAUGCUAA